GCACAGCAGCGCUGGUCUCGGCAAGAUCCAAGUUGCUGCAUACGAGAAGUUGCUCACAAUUUCACAAGAGUAAGAAUCGAAUCGAAAACACAGAACAACCAGCAAAAGCUCAUUUUUCUUUCCAACCACCAACACCACUUUCAUAAUACUACUAACAACCCAACAAAACAAAAACUAAUAAUCAUGUCCUGCUCUACUACCACUGCUACCAACAACACUCGCAAGGUCCACUUUGCUCUGAAUAACAAUCAAGUACACAACGUGGAACGACUGGUCGCCAGUACGGAUAGCGAAGCCUUGCUGGAACUGUACUAUCAACCGCAAGACUACCUCCAGUUUCGUGCCGAUUUCAAUGUCUACAAAGCCAAGAAACAACAGCGCCGCCGCAGCAGCAAACUGCAACGGCUAAUGGUGACCAAAGUGGGUGGAGGAAUCUCAGCACACCACACUACUCCCACUAUCCUCUCGGCACCACUGCAACCUUCUCAAAUACAAAAGUCCAUGGCAGACCGGGGAUGUGCUCGCAUGGCAUAAUACUGUAAUGAUAACAACUUUCAUUUCAUCAAACAAUCAAACAAACAAACAAAAGCUAAUAAUGGGAUGCAUUGAACUGCUUUCAAUCCAUCACUCAUCAAUUCAUAAUAAUAAGUAAAUUAGAUCAUCAGAACCAAAACUGC